AUGACUGUUUUAAAAAUGUUCGGGCUAUUUAUAUUUUUGAUAGUGUUUUCUGAUACAGGAGCCCAGAUCACAGAACCCGCCUCGGCACAAUCUACAAUCCCAGAAGAUCCAGAUGGUAAGGCUUUAUCGGGGCACAGUUCCGAAAACAUAUCCCACAUUAACAGCGACAAGCUGAACGGCCAUUUUGAAUCAGAAACACUUGAAGUUUUACCGAAUCGCUACGAGAAAUCAGCCGAAGAUUAUAGUGCGGAAGCGAGUUAUGAUAGUACGACGGUAUCUGAAAAUUCUCAGCCUUCUGAUAUUUUAUUUGACUUAUUAAGUUCGACUGAUAGGGACAGUUACGAUGAAGGGACGACGACAAAGGAUUUGACAGAUGGUUUCGAGCACCAAGAUGUGAUAAACGAGUCCGCCACAUCUGGCAAUUUUGCCGCGGCCAGUGGGGAAUACUCAUCGGAGAUAGCAGCGAAAGAAAAUGAAACUGUGACUGAGAACUACUCUGUGGAUGACUACGAAGAUUCUAAUGAUGGAACAACCGAGGAAGACAUUUUUUCUGCUUCUGAUUUUGAAGGCGAAGAUGAUAAAACAUUGUUUGGUUCGAAUGACUCCUUCGAUGACGACUUAUCGAAACAGGAAGAUAUAACAACAAUAUCCUACAGCUCGACUAUAUUAAACGAGAUCGAACAGCUGUUUACAAAGAGUACUUCUUCUUCAUCCCAUAUUGACGUAGCGGAGAACGACAGUAACUGGGAACAUACUUCCGAUGUGAAAUUAAACAGAGAAUACACCAAAGAAGUUGAAAAAAAUGAAAGUGAAAUGCCCACGGAAGCAACAAAAGAGUCGGGAGAUACCACGCCCAGUUAUGGAACCACCUCGCAGCUGCCAGAAAUAAUAAAAUCAGUAAUUUCACCACAGUUAUAUGAUACUGUGAUUGCAAGUGAUAUUGAUGGCACCACUGUUAACAGUGAAUUUUCUAUGACAGAAAAUAAUGAAAUCAAAAAUAAUUCGGAAGAUGUGACAACAUUUAACCAUGAGUCGACUUUACUAAGAAAGAUACAAGAACCCUUUACAAAGAGUUCUUUAGAAUCUUCAUUCGAUAUUGGUUUAAAGCAAAAUGACAGUGACUGGGCAUAUGUUUCCACUGUGAAUAAAAACGGAAAAGACGUCGAAGAAGAUGAAAACAACUUUGGUAGGGAAACUUUUACAGAAUCAACAAAAGAUGCAGAAAAUAACAACAUAGAAAUAACUCCCAAUUAUUUUGGUACCACCUCACAACUGCCAGAAACUUUGGAAUCAUUGAUUUCCCUACAAUUAAAUGAUACUGUAAUUGGAAGUGGUACUGAUACUGCCAUUGAUAACAAAGAAUUUUCUACAAAGGCAAAUGAUGAAUUUAAACAUACUUCAGAAGAUGUGACAUCAUAUAGUUAUGAGUCAACUUUAUCAGAAGAGAUACAAGAACAAUUUACCUCGGAACCUUCAUUCUACAUUGAUAUAGACAAGAACAGCAACGACUGGGAAUAUGUUUCCAAUGUGACAAAAAGCACCGAUAUCAACGAAGAUGAAAACAAUUCUGAUGGUGAAAUUUCUACAGAAGCUACAAAAAUGUGGGGAGAUAACAAGAUUGACUUAACGCACAGUUAUUAUGGUAGUACUCCACAAUUACCAGAAAGCUUUGAACAUGCAAUUUCGCCACAAUUAAAUGAUACUGUGUUUGAAAGCGGUAUUGAUACUGCCACUCUGAAGGAAAAUGAUGAAGUUUCAGCAGAUGUGACAACAGUACCGUACAGACAUGAGUCCACUUUAUGGAAAGAUAUACAAGAACUUUUUAAAAAGAGUUCUUCUGAAGCCACAUCGCAAAAAAUUGACAUUUCUUCCAAAUAUGGUAUUCAAACUACUGGUAGCAUUGAAUAUUUAGAUACUUUGGAUACAACUGUUAAAAGCUUGACCAAAAAUACUAAGGAAGUAAAUACUUCAAAAAUUUAUAAAAAUAUUGAAGUAACUGAUAUCCCAGCAGAAGUAACUGAAGAAAUUGGAGAAUCUGCAGACGAAAAUAUAACCGCAAGUUUAGCUGAUACACAUAAUGUCUAUAGAAAGAGUUCUGCUGAAUAUGAAUAUUCAGAUAAACAAAAUGAGUCUGAUUCCGUAGAAAGUACAAUAGUCAACUUUUCUAAAUUUUUAACACGAGAUCUUACGCUCAGUACAGUGCAGGAAGCUGACAAUGGGCUGACAACUGACAUAAACUUUUAUAGAAAUAGUGAAACUGACAAUCAGAAAAAUGCAGAUGCUUUAAAUUUUGAUGAAUAUACGACUCAACAAUCGAUAAAUUUUUCAACUAUAAAUGUUGUCUAUCAAGACAAUUCAGAAGAAGCCAUGGAAUCAACUGAAGAUUAUAAUACUGAAACUACUGUCAAUAAUGAAUAUGCAAUUAAGACUUUGGAGGAAACUAAUACAAAUCUUUCGUUAACUGCUGAAGGAGGUGACCAAAAUUUAGAAAAUGAGCCAAUUAUUUUAGAUUCCAUAAAUAAAGAAGAAAGUCUGGAAAACACAACGUUAAUAAAUGAGGAAACUCUUAACCAUUUUACGGACAACUUUAGGGAUGAUACUACAGAGGAAAUUACAACUACAACAGUAGCUGACAGUGGGGCACAUCACGAUGAAUAUUUUUACAAAAAUCAUGAAACCACUAUAACUACUGAAUAUUCAGUUACAGUUUUUAAUGAAAGUAAUGAACACAUUUUAACAACAAGUAAGGGUAAUAAUUUAAGUGGCGAAGAGGAAAAUGAUAUUCCAAUAAAAGCAAAAGAAGGAGAUGAGAAAUUUUCGGAAGAGGUAGUAGAAAGUACUACUGAAAUAUACAAAGAGACAACAACAACGUCCUUUUACGAAGCAAGUUCUAAUGGAUAUAAUUACAAUGAAAAAGAAGAAAGCGAAUCUGUGGAAGGUACAUUGAUAUUAAUAAAAAAGGAGAUCACAGUUAACUUUAAGGACAGUACAACAGAAGAGAUUAUGUCUACUACAGAAAUUGACAGCAACGCUGAGGGUAACUUUUCUAAAGACUAUGAAAUAAAAGAAGCAACCAGUUAUGAAAAAAGUACAUCUGUAUCCACAGAAGAAGAAACUGCUACUACAGAAAUUGAUAAUAAAACACUUAACGAUACUGAAAAUAAUACAGCAAAAGAAAAUAAUGGUUCAACAGAAGUAAGUGAAGAUAGCGAAGUUUUUUCAGAAGAUAAUUCAGAGGAAAUUAAUGAACUAACCUCCCGAAGAACUGAAACAUUUGCUUAUUUUGGUUAUAGUGAUGAAACUAUUGUCAGUAAUGAAGAGACAGUUACAGCUUCUACAGAGAACAGCGAAGGUAUUUUAACAACUAUUAAAGACUACCUAAUAGAAAUUAGUGGAGAAGAUAAUCCUUUACACAAUUCUACAGAUAAGGAAAAUGACACAGAUAAGCAGCCUUCUAAUGUGAAACAAGCUGUUUUUGAAGAAAGUACAGCCAUAUCAAUAAAAGAAGAAAUUAGUAAUGACAGUAAUGGGACUGAGGAAAUUAUAUCUACUACUGAAAUUGACACGAAAACAGAAAGCAAUGGAUACUCUUCAACAGUUAUUGUAGGAGAAGAAACUGCUACUACAGAUAUUGAUAAUAAAACACUUAACGAUACUGAAAAUAAUACAGCAGAAGAAAAUAAUGCUUCAACAGAAGUAAGUGAAGAUAGCGAAGUCUUUUCAGAAGAAAAUUCAGAGGAAAUUAAUGAGCUAACCUCCCAAAGAACUGAAACAUUUGCUAGAGGUUAUAGUGAUGAAACUAUUGUCAGUAAUGAAGAGACAGUUACAGCUUUUACAGAGAACAGCGAAGGUAUUUUAACAACUAUUAAAGAUUACUUAAUAGAAAUUAGUGGAGAAGAAAAUCCUUUACACAACAAUUCUACAGAGAAGGAAAAUGAAGACACAGAUAAGCAGCCUCCUAAUGAGAAACAAGCUGUUUUUGAAGAAAGUACAGCCAUAUCAAUAAAAGAAGAAAUUAAUAAUGACAGUAAUGCGACUGAUGAAAUUAUAUCUACUACUGAAAUUGACACGAAAACAGAAAGCAAUGGAUACUCUCUAACAGUUAUUGAAGAUGCCACUGGAGGUUCUGAUUAUGUAACAGUUAGAAAUAAUUUCGUAACGACAGACAAAUUCGCUGUUACUACGCAAGUUAUUGAAGAAGUUACAAUUGAUACGCCUUCGUCGUCGAUUUAUAAAAGUGAUUCGCGUUUGCUACUUACGGAAAGUAAUACAGAAAACACUAAUUUCACUGAUAAAGAUGACUAUGAAGUGAAUAAAAUAGUAUCAACAUCUCAUCGCACAUUUUCUGUGAGCGAUAAGGAUGACAACGUCCCAGAAAAUAUGUCAACUGUAUCCCCCAUUAACACAGACAAUGUUUAUGUAGAAACUGGAAAAGAAAAUACAGAAAGAAUUAGUAUUGUCACUACUACCGUUCUUUCAGUUGGAGAUGGUUCAGAUGGCUUUGAAUCUGAUACGAUUAAUAUAAUCGACAUUGUUAAUAAUGACUUUACUAAAUUAAUCAACGAUACGUCAGUUGAAAAUGAUUCAUUUAGUAUGGGUGAUUCUUUAGAGGACUACUCCGAUAUUUCAUCAAAUGAAGAUAUAACCACAGAAACAGACGAAGAAGAUUUAAACAUUUCUUCGAAUGAAGUUUUGGACACAACUGUUUCAAGUCUUUGGUCCACCUUUGGCACAGGUUCAUUGGGCAUAUCCGUGGAUGGAGAAGACAAUGGUGUUAAUCUAAGUUCGAUUGAAAAUGCAACUGCCAUAACUUUGAGGGGAUUUGUACCAUACAUACAUGCAAAUGUGUUCGGCAAUCACCUCAAUGUUAGCAUCAAAAUUGAAACUGAAGAUACUUCUUUCUACAUCCCUUCCAGCGCUUACGUCGAUGGGUUCUCGAAUGAGAGUAUCAUCAACAUAACUUGGCCUUCUACGAACAAACUGAUAAACAAUUCUCUCUCGCUCACAUUGAAAGAAAAUCUGGAAUUUUACACUAUCGAAAGUAUUGAAUUAAGCCUCCAACAAGGAGGAGAUACUUGGAAACAUAUUCAAGAAAAUGAUACCUUUGGCGAAACGGACCUCGAGAUUGAAUUUAUGGGUGGGAGAGUAAUUUUCUCUAAUUUAGAUUUCUUAAGAAUAGUCGAUGGUAACACGGAAAUCCUUUCUAAUGAUAUAGAGUUGGUACCUUCAGCGAUAAGGAUAGACACAAAGGAAAUAGGAAUUGCGAUGGGGUGUGUAAUUGCUGCCCUCUUCGUAUGUGCCACAGUAUAUUUCAUCGUAGCUAGGUCUAGGAAAAGGGUUGUGCAUAUCGAAAGUUUGACCAAACACGACAUCCCGGUUUAACAGUUAAGAAACGAGAGUGAUAUUGUUAAUAUUAAAUUUGCCAUAUUUAUUGAUAUCUGUUAAAUUCUAAAUGUCUUUUUACGGUCGUUUGGCUCAGUGCUAAGAAUCACUGCACCACUGUAAAUAAACACGAUGUUUAGAUAUGUAUAAAACUUUUAAAUGAUUAAGACAUUGUUCUUAGAAGUAAAUAAAAAGGGGAAUGAAAACCAAAGACUAAAAAUGAUGUACAUAUUCUUCCGUGUCAAAUUUAUGUAUAUAUUGUAGGUUGACUGAUUAUUCAGUGUGAUUUAUAUUUUUGUUCAAGUUAGAUUAAAUUUAUUGGAGAGUAUAUUUUUACUCUUUCAAUACGAGUGUAUAAUACAUUUUUUAGCAUUAAAUGAUGAUUUGAUUUAUUGUUGUUAAUAAGCUUUCAGCUUAUAUUCAUAAAAGAUUAUUGCAGCAUUAAAGAAAAAAAUAUAUAGUAUAUUUUCUCGACUUUUUUUGAUGAGUUAACAGAUUUCGUAAGAUUUUGUAUUAGUUAUAUGUGAGUAGUGUCUGUAUAUAUAUUAAGUAAUAUGUUACAGCUAUAUUUUAGUGCCAGU